CAUUAUUCUCUCAAUUUCCCAUGCUGCUGACAUUAUUUCCUCAAAUUCAUUAACCUUAACAGUCCAUUCAAAUUCCAUAUCUUUACAUGAAUACAGCCUCAAUUCUUGAUCUUCCUCAUCUUUCCCACCAAAAACACUACCCCAACUGAGCUUCCUUCCUUUUAUCUUUGGAGAUUGAAUCACCAUUUCCAUAGAUGAAGAAGGUUUCCUUUAAUGCCCUCUACCUGUUUGUGAUAAUGCUUUGCAUUGAGGUAGUGUCAUCUCAGCUGCCACCUGAUCAGGUCAGUGCAAUGACUACAAUUUACGAAAUCAUUCAGAAUAACACUUCUGCUUCUUCAUUUCUGUGGAGUGAUGUCUUGAAAACCUCAGACCCUUGUUUAUGGAAGGGGGUUGGUUGCACCUCUGAUAAUUCCUCUAUAAACACUGUUUCUGUGAACUCAUCUUCAAUUUCCACCUCUGAUUUUCUUCCAUUUGUGUGCAAUAUUCCCACUUUAGAGUCUCUUGAUGUGUCCAACAAUCAACUUAGCUCAAUCCCAGGUGGUUUCUUCACUGGCUGUGGGGGAAUCACUGGAUUGAAGCUCUUGAAUUUUAGCGGGAAUAGGUUGAGUGGUCCUUUGCCUACUUUCAAUGGCUUCCCAUUUUUGGAUACCUUGGAUUUUUCUAGGAAUAAUUUGACUGGGGAGGUUAGUAUGCAGUUGGAUGGGCUAGGUUCACUCAAAAAACUGAAUCUUGGUUGGAACAGUUUUGGAGGAAAGAUUCCAACAAAUCUUGGAAAUAUGAAUCUUUUGGAUGAGAUUGUACUCUCUCUUAAUUCAUUCACAGGUGAAAUCCCUUUGGAAAUCACAAAAUUCAAGAAUCUGAGUGUGAUUGAUCUUAGUGGCAAUAGUCUCUCAGGCUCAAUUCCAAUAGAAUUUGGGGGUUUCACUAGGUUGAAAACCUUGAUUCUCUCUCUCAACAAGUUGAGUGGUGGAAUUCCAACAUUUCUUGCUAAUAUCACAUCCCUGGAGAGAUUUGCAGCCAAUCAGAACAGCUUUACUGGGAGUAUUCCAUCUGGUAUUACGAAAUUCCUUUCAUUUUUGGAUCUGAGUUACAACAACUUGAGUGGUGCAGUCCCCUCUGAUCUUCUCUCGGGUCCGAAUCUUCAAGCUGUGGACCUCUCUUUCAAUAAGUUGGAAGGGUCUAUUCCUGCAAUCACUUCGACAAAGCUGUACAGGUUGAGGCUAGGCAGCAAUUCUCUUAAUGGGACGAUUCCAUCCGCCUCGUUAAGGAGUCUGAUGUAUUUGGAGCUGGAUAACAACAUGCUGAGUGGUGAGAUACCUUCGGAUUUGGGUAUAAUGUUCUCUAACUUGUCCCUCUUGAACUUGGCUAACAACAGAUUGAGAGGCACGUUACCUCCGUCUUUUGGUAGUCUCGGCGAUCUUCGAGUUUUGAGUCUGCAGUCGAAUAGUCUUUCCGGAGGAAUCCCACCACAGAUUUUGUCGUUGAGCAAACUGGAGAAGCUGAAUAUAAGUAGUAACUUGCUCAGUAGCUCAAUACCUUUGUCCAUUUCGAGGAUGCAGAAUCUUCGCAAUCUAGACUUGCACGGAAACAAUCUGACUGGUUCUAUACCCGACUCCAUUGGAGAGAUACCUUAUUUGGUAGAACUCCAGUUGGGAAACAACCAACUCAGUGGGCGAAUUCCUCAAAUGCCAGAUACUCUGCAGAUUUCGUUGAAUCUCAGCCACAACCUCUUUGGUGGGCCUAUUCCAGUUACUCUAUCAAGGCUGCAAAAUUUGGAAGUAUUGGACCUCUCCGACAACAGAUUUUCGGGCGUGAUACCAGACUUCUUGACUCAACUAAGCAGCUUAACACAUCUACUAGUCAUGAACAAUGAUCUCUCUGGUAUUGUCCCAAAAUUCGGACGUAACCUUGUGUUUGAUUUUGAAGGAAAUGAGUUGGUUUCUCCUUCCCCUCCCCCUCCCCCGACCCCCAAAAAGUCCAAAUCAAUUGCCUCAACCAUUAUCAUAGCUGUUGGAAGCUCAGCCAUGGUUGUUGGUUUAGUGAUCAUGUUGAGCAUACUCGUCUCGAGGAGGUAUCACAGGAUCAACGACGAAAACACAUACUCUGCAGAAGAAGCUUCUCCACCGCAGGUCGUCCAUGGCAACUUGCUGACUCCCAACAGCAUCCACAGGUCCAACAUUGAUUUCAAGGCAGCAAUGGAGGCAGUAUCCGACCCUCUAAAUCUCUCGCUGAAGACGAGAUUCUCGACCUACUACAAAGCUGUGAUGCCGUCUGGAGCCAGCUACUUCGUCAAGAAACUUAACUGGAGCGACAAGAUCUUCCAACUAGGCAGCCACGAGAGAUUCGAGGAGGAGCUUCAAGUUCUUGGAAAGCUGUGUAGUUCCAACGUCAUGAUCCCACUCGCCUACGUCUUGACACUGGACAGCGCUUACCUCUUCUACGACUUCGCCCCAAAAGGCUCGCUCUUCGACUGCCUCCACAGGAUGGGAAGCACGCUGGACUGGGCAAGCCGGUACAGCAUUGCCAUUGGAGUCUCUCAAGGCCUUGCCUUCCUCCAUGAAUGCAAGUCCAGCCCAAUCCUCCUCCUCGAUCUUUCCACCAAAAGCAUCCUCCUGAAGUCCCUCAACGAGCCUCAAGUCGGGGAUAUUGAGCUGUGUAAAGUGAUUGAUCCCUCGAAGAGCACAGGCAGCCUCUCCACCAUAGCUGGCUCCGUUGGCUAUGUUCCUCCAGAGUAUGCUUACACAAUGAGAGUGACAGCAGCCGGAAAUGUCUAUAGUUUUGGCGUAGUUCUGCUUGAGCUCCUAACGGGAAAGCCAGCCGUUAGUGGAGGAAUCGAACUAGCAAAGUUGGUGCUGAGUAACUCUGCACAGAGAAACAAAUGGGACCAUAUUCUUGAUUUCAAUAUCAGCAAGACAUCAGUUGCUGUGAGAAGCCAGAUGCUGGCGGUGCUCAAGGUGGCCAUGGCUUGCGUUAGUCUCCAACCAGAAACGAGGCCGAAGAUGAAGAGCGUGCUGCGGAUGCUGCUGAAUGCAAGGUGAGGAACAAGGUAGAGGAGGAGCAUGCAUCAAUUUUGGCAGCAAUCUGCAACAUGUAAAAAAAUAAAUUAGAAGAUAUUAGUAUAUAUAUGUGAAGUGUGUGUGGUUUGAUAUGUAUUUUUGAGUCUGGAAGGCAUCUUCUUGAUGGAUAGGGAAACUAGUUCAUAUAAGAGAAGGUAAUGACUUCUCUCUUUGGUAUACAUAUUUGUUUUUUUAUGAGCUAAAGGUUGUUUUGAGUAUUUUGUAAAUGAAGUGUAAUUCUGGUAAUAAUCAUAUCUAUAAAUAUUGUUUGUAAAUUCAUCGA